CUGUGACGCGGUGUCCUCAAUAACCCUUACCGCUAGAUUGUAACACGAUGUAGGCUAAGUUGUAGUGAAUUUGUUCGGAAUACGCGCAACCCUUACUGACGUUACUGUCGCAGCUCAUGCUGGGAGCACAGAAGGAGGGUGGGAGUUUCAGUGCGCAAGUGCUUGGAGGAGAGAGAGUCGCUCGUUACUUCUCUUGUAAACCAAACUUUCAGACGUCGUUCCUGAGCUUCGUACUAGGGCGAAUGAGGAUUCUGCUUUGUUGAUUUGGAGUAGGCUACGCAUGUCGUUGGACAGAGAAUAUUAGGGUUACUGCUUCUUUAAGUUCUUUUUUGGGAUGGGCUAUUUUCAUAACGUCAUUUCAUUCCUCCCUCUUUUUCAUUUUCUCAUUCUUUGAUUCUUACUCCCCACAUUUCCUAAAUGGAACAGAUUAUCCGACCCUCCACAUUGUCUUGCUUUCAGAAUUUUUAUUCAAACUUUUUAGUUUUACAUUCCUCAUUUUCGGCAACUGACUUUUUCUGGCGUCACGUUAUUUUCGGAGGGCAGAUAUUUUAACGGACGUAAACUGGAGGUGGCGAUGGUGGAAGUGUUGAUGAUGAUGAUGGUGAUGAUGAAAAUGAUCUGUGAAAAAUGAUCCACUAACUUGUCUGUCUUUGCCACUUGCCAAGUCAUACGCUCCUUUUCACCAUGAUGUAUUCACCCCUCUGUCUAACUCAGGAUGAGUUUCAUCCGUUCAUCGAGGCCCUACUGCCGCAUGUGCGUGCCUUCGCCUACACCUGGUUCAACCUGCAGGCGCGCAAGCGCAAGUACUUCAAGAAGCACGAGAAGCGCAUGACCAAGGACGAGGAGCGCGCGGUCAAGGACGAGCUGCUCGGUGAGAAGCCCGAGGUGAAGCAGAAGUGGGCCUCGCGCCUGCUGGCCAAGUUGCGCAAGGACAUCCGGCCCGAGUGCCGUGAGGACUUUGUGCUGACCAUCACGGGCAAGAAGGCACCCUGCUGUGUGCUGUCCAACCCCGACCAGAAGGGCAAGAUGCGGCGCAUCGACUGCCUGCGGCAGGCCGACAAGGUGUGGCGCCUGGACCUGGUCAUGGUCAUCCUCUUCAAGGGCAUCCCGCUGGAGAGCACAGACGGUGAGCGGUUGGUCAAGGGUGGCCACUGCGCAAACCCCAUCCUGUGUGUGCAGCCGCGGCACAUCAGCGUCUCCGUCAAGGAGCUGGACCUCUACCUGGCCUACUUCGUGCAGGAGAGAGAGUCAGAGCAGAGCAGUAGCCCCCGCACCGGCAUCGGAUCUGACCAGGAGGAUAGCAGAGCCCCCACCAUGGAUGCUCCUGAGUUUCAGGACAGCUUUGUGACGUCUGGGGUUUUCAAUGUAACAGAACUGGUACAGGUGUCAAGAACUCCGGUGGUGACAGGAGGGGGUCCUAACUUCUCCCUGGGGGAGCUACAAGGGCACCUGGCUUACGACCUCAACCCAACAGGGGUGGGCAUGCGGAGAACUCUGCCCAGCACCUCCUCCAGUGGGAGUAAGAGGCAUAAGUCGGGCUCCAUGGAGGACGACAUUGACACCAGCCCUGGAGGGGAGUACUACACUUCACCCAACUCCCCCGCCAGCAGCUCCCGCAACUGGCAGGACGAGAUGGAGGGAGGGAUUUCCCCCACAGUGAAGAAGACAGAGAUGGAUAGUCCGUCUCCCCAGGAGAGCUCCCCUCGCCUUGGCUUCACCCAGCACCACCGGCCUGUCAUCGCAGUGCACAGUGACGGUCUGUUCCCCCACCCCUUUCUUUCUCCAGGCAUCAGCAGGAGUCCGCACCCCUCCUCGUCUUUGCACUUCCCCACCGGGCCGCUGCUGCCCCAGUCGGCCUCCUCCUACUUCCCGCACACGGCCAUCCGCUACCCGCCACACCUGGGCUCACAGGACCCGCUCAAGGACCUCGUCUCCCUGGCCUGUGACCCAUCCAACCAACAGCCCAGCCCGCUGAACGGCAGUGGCCAAGGGAAGGUGCCCAGUCACUACAUCUCGUCCCAGAUGCUGGCGCCCCCGCCGCCCCCCGGCAUGCCCCGUCUGACGUUGCCCCCCGACUCCAAAUCCGGCACAACCACCGCAGAAGGAGGAGCCAGUUCUCCCACGUCACCCACAUACUCUGCUCCAGGGACGCCACCUGCCAACCGCUCCUUCGUAGGCAUCGGACCUCGGGACCCUGGUCUCUAUCAGGCACAGUCCUGGUACCUGGGCAACUGAUGGACACAUGGACAGAGGCCACAAGCAUGAGCUUGGAUUUCAGAUUCAUCACUUUGUGGAAUUCAGAAAAAUAAAAAAUGUAAAGAAGAUGCAAGAGGGAAAAAGUAUAUACAUAUAUAUGAGGUAUAUGUAUAUAUAAACAGUGUAUAUUUAUACACAUCUAAAUAUAUGUAUCUCCAUGUAUAUAUAUAUUUAGAUAUGUAUACUGAUCUAAAAAGAUGCUUUUUGAGUGACGACCGCAAGGCAGAGGAGAAACAGGCCAUGGACAGAGACUAGAAGUGAGAAGAGGAUGUUUUGGGGCAGCCACAUGAACUUAGAGGGGGGCAAAAACACUACCCCCCCACCCCCAAAAAAAUCUACCCCAGCAAGCUUCCCCCGUCCUCCUGGGAUGCUCUUCCUUGACGCCCUCCCUUUCCCUCAGCUACGGUGCUGCUUUCUCAUAUAUGCAAAACAAAUAUCCUUUAUUUUCUUAACCAACAGGGAAGAGAAAAUCUGACGACGUUCCGGUGGCGACGCUUUUGCCCAUGGAUUACACGGAUCCCCGAUUUUUUUCCAAGAAAAAAAAAAGUGGGAAAGGGACGAGGGGCAACGUUUUAAGAAACAAAAAAAGCGUCUUUAAAAAAAAAAUGUUUUCGAUUGGUGGACAGCUUCCCUUUCAAGCGAUAUUUUGACGAAAACAAGUCAGCUUUUCAUCCAAUUUUAUUGACAAUCAUGAAUCUGUCAGUUCCUUUGUUCUGAGAUUUUUUUUUUCUUUGGAGGAAACACUGCAACAUUUAUACUAGGAGCCACUUUUUCGUGGAGGCCUUCUCAUUCGAAACACACUGAUGAUGAUGAUGAUGAUGAUGCUUCUGUGACGAGAAUAUGCACACCCAGAGAAACACACACACACAGACACACACGCACACACAUGCUCACACACACAUACAUACUGACAAGGGUCAGUAUUGUGGUAGGGUGAAGACUUGAAAGUUCAGGGUAUGAUGUCUUUUUUUGGCUGAUGCUUCUGACAGACAUCAAAAGAAGAGAGUGUAAAAGUGUAGCCGUUUCCCUUGAUGUGUUUGUAUGUAUAUGUGUGUGUGUGAGUGAGUGUGUAUGUUUGUGUGUAUGUAUGUACGUACACGUGUGCAGAGACUGCUAUUCUGAUCAUUGUCUUGAUAGUCCCUUCCCAUUGCCAAUCCAUUGGCCUUACCCAACCUAACGUUCUUUUUAAAUUUUUAGUAUAGAAAGGGGGGGGUUCAGUAUAUUCUGCAUAGUGAUAAAGGGAGUACCGGGCCUUAUUCUGUUACUAUAGUGACAGUAUUGGGUGUAAAUGAUAGGUCUUUCUUCUUUGUUUUGCAUUGACUUAAAUUGCAUUGGAAAUUACAUGCAUUGCACUACUAUACAGUAAAAUUAAUUUUCCUCUCUGCAGCUUCUCUUUUUGGACUAAUCACAUGAAAUGCUGCAAGUCGGAGUUAGCCAUUAGGAUUUUAUUGUCAACUUUUUUUUUUAGUUAUUUUGGUAGCAGGGUACAUGAGUUGUGAGUGUUGGUUUCUUGAGCUAUCAGUAGGAUCAAAAUAACCCAACCCUUCUGUGUUCAUCAUAAUCAUAUAGUCAGAUGUGGAAAAUGUUUCCCUGUGUGUGCGCAACUGGGGGAGAAAACAAUGAAUUUUGGCAGUUCCGCUAUUUUUUAAAGUCUGUAUCUUCAUUCAGUGGAAUGACAGAUCUGUCUAUGCGAUUUCAAAAAUAGACAAUUUUUCAAAAGGGGAAGGGAGGGGUGGUUGCAUCAUAAAGCCAAUGGCACGAUUGUGCGUGUGUUAGUCAUAGAAGUGAGUCGUCACUGUGUGUGUGUGUGUGUGUGUGUGUGUGUGUGUGUGUGUGUGUGUGUGUGUGUGUGUGUGUGUGAAUCAUCAUAACGAUAGUGAUGCCACUGGCACCACAAAGUCACAUGUUGGUGACAGUGUUUGUGCGUGUAUGUGUGUGUGUGUCAUGGCAUGGCUGGGGUUGUGGCCUGUAGACAUCCUCAUGGAGGGCUGGUCUGCCAGUCAUAGAAGUCGUGUAUCUGUGCCCAGAGCUCUCUCUCUAUGGCUGGUGCCUGGGUCCCACUCCUGUGAUGCAGAGGAGCUAACAGCGAGCUCAGACAAGGGCACAGCAGACUGGGCAAAUGGGAUUUGUACUGAUGUAAAAAAAACAAAAAAGCAAAACAAAAACUAAUCCACAUCAGGGCUUCUGACUCCUCUACCAAACCCAAAUCUCAAAGCCAUGAAAAGUGCCUAAGACAUUGCAAGAGUUUGAAUUGUUUUUUUUUUCUUUCUUCUUCUUCUUCUUCUUCUUCUUCUUCUUUCAAAUGAAUUGUUUAGUUUGUUUGUUUUUCCUUGUGAACGUAUGAGCCUGAAUUAGCUCCAGGUUGGCCACACAAUGGUGGGAAGGAGAGUGGGCGUUAUUGAAAGAGAGCGGUUGAGAGAGAAAGAGAGAGAGACAGACAGACAGACAAAGAGAAAGAGAGAGCUCUCAACUCCUGAAUCUCAAAUGCACCUUUUAUGCGUCUUCUGAAGCUAAGAUGGAGAAAGAGAGGGAGAGAGAGAAGAAAAGAACCCCCCAGCUAUUGGCAUAACCGCAUAACCAAUACAUAUCAAUGUUAUAUGCAGAGGCUUACUGGAAACAGUAUACAGCGAACAAUAAAACAAGACACAGAUGAGACUCAUACAGUAGUCUCUCGUAAUUCUGACUUUUUCUUUUCAAUACGGCUUUGCAAUGGCAAACUUUAAAACCAGUUGAGUUGCAAUCUGAACCCAGACUUGUGAAGAUUAUACACAAAAAGGAAUCAUUUUUACAAGGGUGCUGUUAUGAAAAAAAAUACCUUGAUAUAUAUAAAUGCAUGGUGCUUUCAAAAGAAAAAAAAUCAUGGAAACUUCGCUCUUAAGGCCACCGUAAUGCGAACAUGGGUGCAUGGCAGAUGCUCUUAGUAUCCCUCAGAAGCUGCCCUGCCCCAUUCUACAACUUCUCCUCUACCCCCUGCCCCGACCCCACGACUCACCCCAUUUUCUCCCCAGACCCAUGGAAUAGAGAGCCAGAGAUCCAGAUGGGUUAAAACCGUUUAACCACGUUUCUUAUGAUUUGUAUUCCCUGUCCCUCUUCUACUUUGCACGAUAUUUUAUAUAACACAUUAUGUGCCUUGCCUUUAGUUAAGAACAGUAAUACAUGAUUGAAAGACAAAAAUGUAAAUUUGUUUCUUUUACUGAUGUAACCAGUAUCGCUGCAAAAAAAAACAACAAAACAACAAAAAAAAACAAUAACAGUACAAUGCUGCAUGUUUGAUUGCUUGCCAUUAUCCAAUUAGAAUUAACAGAUGAAUUCAAAUAAGUCACAGUUUUUUUUGGAACUGAAAACAAAUGGAUUCUUAUCACCUUUGACUUCCCCCUUUUUAUAAGAACAGUGACUGUCUUCCCUGUUAUUCGCAUGGAAUCAAUGCUACAUGUUUUACUUUAUGACUUUCAGUUUUUCUUUUUUUCAGUCUUUAAUGUGUUCGAUUUGAUGAGUUUGUGUUCCGUUUUUGUUUUUGUCUCUCGUCAGUGUUCUGUGGCUUCCUGCUCACUCUGCCCCCAUCCUGCUUUCGCUUAUGCAAUGUGAAAUAUGCAAUUCCAGUACUCAUCUCCACUUUGGCAGUGUUUUCCCAGAUCAUUUAGGGUUUUUUUUUUAUAACGAGAGGAGUUUCGAAUGUAUUUAGCAGAUAGGAGAGCAGAGAGCAGAGCGGUCUGUGACACAUACCCGCGCAACUGAGAGUGAUCCAAGCAGGAAAGCCAAUCGAGCUGUUGCAUUGUUGUUUUGCACCAACGUAGUUUAGGGGGGUUUUGCUCCUUUGGUGACAGGGAUCAAAGCGAAAGAGAGAACAGACAUGCCUGAUUUAUGUCACCGGGGUGUGAGGAAAGUAUUUGCACAGAAUAAGAUUGUAAAGUACUGAGCUAGUUUUAAGGAGCGCAAUCAGGUCUCUUUUAUCCAUUUGGGUUGCAAGGGUUUUUGGACCUGAGCUGUUUGUAGUUGACACAGGAAUGGCAGUCUCAGCACUUUUAUAAACUGUCUUCAGUGCAUUUGAAAUUGAAAUCCAACCUUUUUUUGUUAUACACGUUGAAAGCCAUGUGUUCAAAUUCUAGCUAUAAUAACUAUAUUCAGACCAGAGAUGAGAGAACUUUUGUACUCGCACCUAUAGAGCAGAGUUUAAGUACUGAAGGAUUGUGGAAACAACUAUGACUGGAAUAGCUAACUUUUUCAAUGAGAAAUUCUUACGUAGAAUGUACACUGUCUUGUUGCAUUCGUCAAUGUUGCGCUGGGUGCAGUGCUUCAGAACUUGUGUGUGUGUGUGUGUGUGUGUGUGCGUGCCCGUGUCUUUGGAUGUGCAAGGUUUAAUGUGUAUGAAUGCAUGUGUGUGUACUGUGAUAUAUAUUUCUCUGCGCAAGUUGAUGACAGACACAGAGAAAGGAAAGGAUAGAAUGUGUUCAGGUGGAUGAGAAUGAACUGAAUCUGAUAGAUCAGAUCUACCACAGCACUUUGCUGUCUUUCUCAGAUUGUAAAUAUAUGAAUGCAAAUGUGCCACAAAAAUGGGGAAGAGUGAGCAUCGGAUGGACUUUUUAAAAGAGAGAGUGAGAAAACGCUAAUUUAAUUUGACUCAAAGGUUUCAAAUUUCUUUUCUGUAUUGACAUGUCAAUAGAGCACUACUAACUUGUGUGUAAGGGAACAUAGUUAAGACUAUUGCACAAGAAUUGUUGAAAAAUGCAAUAAAUUGCAUUGUCCAUGUCAAAUCUCCCCAAGAAUAUUUUGGUAACAUUCGGUCCCUCAGACACAUAACCAAAUAGUUCUCACUCCCCAUUAUUUGUGAUUUUGUUGUCGUUACUGAAGUAUUGGUUACUUUGGAACUCUUAUCAUAGUUGUAGUGCGGAGACAACAACAACAGAAAAACUCUAAGCAACAGCGCCAUGGCAACCAGAACCUGAUUCAGAGAAGGAGCUAUAAUGUUGUCUCAAAGUACUACCCUCUCUGGAUAUUCAGGCUUCUAAGACCUUCACUUUUUUUCCUUCUUUUUUUUUUUCAAGCAGAUACAUCAUAGCCUACCUUUUGAAAGAGCUCCUUAAUACAGUCUAUUGUAGACUUAGCUUUGUAUGACAUGUAGAGUAUUACUUUGUGAGUUUGUACAUGCAUAGAUUCAUUUUAGUUCCUGAAUUUGGCCCGUACUGUUCACCACAGCAAAAUGCCAUUGGUUUUGCUUAUCCCCAUGCCUAUGGUGAAUAAAGCCAGAGCUAUUGUAUUCUAGAUGUGAUAAGUCUGUGUUAGGAAGAGGACAAGUAAGCCCAAUUAUAGCCACCAUAAUGAUUUUUUAAAACCUGUUUUAAAAAUAUUUUUUUAAAACACAAUAUUUUUCUGUAGUUUUUUCUUUUUCUUUUUUUUAAAUUAGUGGUUAGGUGAUAAUUUAUAAUUUCUUACUUACUAGUGUAAUGGGAGUAUAUUGAAUAAGAGAAGAUGUUGUGUUAUUUUUUUCAGCCGGGUCAAAAGGCCGUGUGCUAGUUUGUUAUGCAGUGUACAGUAUUGUUUCUGCAAUGGAUAUUGCAACGCUGGUAGCUAUUAAGAUUUGCUGGUAGCUAUAAAGAGUUUUCAGUGAAAUGGCAGAACAAGAGGAAUUGUUUACAUGCUCGUCUUAAGAUCUUGGCAGUGACGGUUUAUGUGCCCUGGUACUGGCCCAGGCUGAAGUGGAGUGCUGUAGCCAAACGCAUUCCAUCAGAUUCAUACGACUCACACGUCUCGCAAGAUGCUGCCAUCAUUCAGCAAGCAAUUUUGUAUUUUUUAAAAACAGGACAGGUGACGGGAUGAGAGUCUGCUCCCCGAUCUAGGGGUCAAAGUGCACAGUGGGGGUCCACUUCCUGUUAUGCUAUUCACAAAGGCUGGGCUGUCUUUGCACAAAAUAUCCAUGUUUAUAUUUGACAAUGCCAUCGGGCCUUUGAUUUGUAACUUGAAUUUGAAUGACUGCUGUAUAUGCAUAACUAACAACAAAAUGACCAAAAUCUCUUCGGUAUAUGUAAAUUCACCUAGUCUAGUCUAAGUCAGUCCACUAUGGACACAUGGCCCACCAAUCAUUCCAGCAGUCUUUUGUGUACCUGUACUGUCAAACACACCUGGACACAACAAUCUUGCAUGAAUGCAGCCAGCAACCAAACAGUCACACUCAGCCCAACCCCCUUAUCCACUCAACCACUGAACCCCAGCGGGCAGACUGUCUCGCUCCACCACGUGUCCUGUGAAGAUUUGCACUGCUCCACACUCACCCAUCUAACUCUGUCACACAACCAGCCUGGGCGCGGCCAGGGGCACAUAGGGGGACUGGGGUCCGAUGCCACCAUCUAGUCUAGCCUGCACAGUAGUCCUGCAGCACCGUAGGUCUGCAGUGCGCAUGCGUGUCGCCUCGCCUCGCCUGCACGCUCCUUCCUAUUCAACCUUUUUUUUGGCUUUUUUUUUCGUGUACCUUUACUCAGCCACGCCAGACAGACUGACAAACACAUGCAAAUCUGAAGACCACCCAGAUAGCUGCACCUGUCUGGUCAGGUUACCGCAUCCCAAACACCUUCCUUUUUAAACUGGCCACAUGUGAUGAUUGAACUUACUCUGACAAUAUUAUGCAUUAGUGGAUGCAUAUAAAAUAUUAUCCUUAUCUUAUUUCUGAACCCUUGACUAAUAUUUUUAUAGUUUUAGUAAUUAUUAUUGUUAUGCUUAAUGUUUAAUUGUUACAUUUUGGACACAUUAUCCUGUGUAUAAAUCCUUACAGUAUAUCAAGUAGAAUGAAAAAAAGGUAAAAUGUACAUAAAAAAUCUUUUUUUGUAUGAGAAAAUAUAUGUUUAUGUUUCUUGUGUUUGGGUUUAGUUGUCAUAAGCUUGUGGCCAAGCCACAAUAAGUGAGAAUUCCUUCUAAGGGAUCUGUUGUGGUCGGUGAGCGCACCCACCAAUGCUGCACGCCUUUUUAAAGAAGGUACCUGUCCUCAGGUGGACUGCCUGAGCUUUGGACUCCAGUAAUUUCAGCAUCACUUGUCGUCAUUUUAAACAGAGUUAGCUUCAAGGGGAUAUGCAAAUUCCAUUGCCAUUUUUUUCCCACAACUCAUCUAACAGUUUUUGCACUUCUUGCAUUUUCACUAUUGUGCAAGCUUCAAGAUCUUAAAAAAAACUUGUUUUUCUUUUUUUUCUAUUUGGAAGAUUGCACUAGAUAACCUGGUAUUGGUAUUGUUGUCUAAGGAUACUUCUUUUUAAGAUGUGCAUCUCUGGAAAUAUUUCUAGACCGUCAACCCUCUAUGGUGUACUUUCAGACAAGAGAAAGAACUAAGUUGGAGAAAGAGCUGCUUUUGUUUUUUUUUUAAUAUAUAUUGUUAUUGUUUUGCUUUUUUUAUGUCAAUGUUAUGAAAACCAGAAAUAUCAAUUUUGCCCCUUGUAAUGAAAUCCUCAACCGAUGUAGAUGUAUCCUCCUCUCUUGAAUCGUAGGGACUUCCUCUUAGAACGUACUGUACUUGGACCUGUGAGGUUCUAGCUUGCACGCCUGUGCUCAUGGUCUGGUUCACAACAAUCACCGGCCGGGCUGACAUGCAGUCCGACCCAGGCCCGUGGGUCGGUGCCAUGUCUUAGAAUGAAGCGUAGUCCUGAAGGAGCUGGGGCUAAGAGCACCCCCCUCCCUCCCACUCUACUCCGAGUGCCUUUCUCACCAUAGACCCAUGCUGAAUGUCUCCAUUGGCUGUAGGUACAGGUAUGCACUGUUUGAAUGAAACGAUAGGAGACCUGCUGCUGUUGUUGCGAGACAUCCUUUUUGUAAUGAAAUUGGGGACAAUAUCUAUAACAGUGUCUGGUUGGUGGCGUAGUGAUCGGACAAAGCACAAAAGCUGGUUUAGCAGCGUAGGACACUGACGUCAGGAAAAUGAAGUUUUGAGAGAGCAGAGGUUUGGCGUACGCCAUUGGCACUUUUUUUGCGGAGGCUGAUUUGUCCCGUUAGCACGAAACAAGGUCGGAUCGGGGAGAAUCGAGAUGUUCGGUCACCAUCAUUGAGGGGUGCUUUAUAAGGUGCGAGACUCAGGUUAGCCAGAGGAUCAUAAGGAGAAGAAAGAGGAAUUGCCCCCCCCCCCCCAUCCCCUACAUCCUGUACAUCGCCAUCACUUUUUGUCCUUAUUUUCCUCUUUUUAUUAUUUUCACAUUCAGUUUUUUGCAUAAAGUUUCCAACUCCAUUGAGCUUCAUGUUUUCCUCCUUAAGCAAGGGCUGGACUAUUUCUUCAGGGCAGAAACUACAUCAUUUGAGUUUGAUCCAUUUCCAUCCUUAGUUUUGGCUGUGUUGUAACAUCCAAGUCCUUCUCUGUCGGGUAUUUUUAAUUUAUCUUAAAUCAGAUAGAAAACACUCCUCGUAUUGAACCCAGCUGGUCAAAAUGUCCUCUUAAAAUAAUCAGUCCCUUAAUCUCAGUAAGGGCUAAGUGCACUGGCAAGGCACUCUCAAUAAACUUGGAUCAAGUUGGCUUCAGAGAAAAACGGUACUUAGGAAUAACAUUUUAGUCAUAAAAUCUGAUUAGAAAUCAACAUGUAUUUUCAAGUCUUCAAUCAGCGUUCAAGAUGGGUGUUUUGAUAAUAAUACUCUGGUGUUGGUUCAUUUCUGUAGAUGUAGUGAGCUCUGUUCACUGAGACAUGGGAAACUCAAGCCAUGCUUGCUCCAGGUUUGUUUGAAGAGACAGUAUUCUGACUCUUGGGACUUUGUAUUAACAGUCGACUGCAUGGUUUAGAUCCACCCCUCUGAGUAGCACAGGUGAGCCCUAUAGACUGUAUAGUUAGCAAGCCAUGCUAAUAUGAGGAUAUUACAGGCUGUUCCUUUGAGUCAAAACACAUUUCCCAGUCGCUGAGAAUGAAUGAGCAUUUUCUCUCAAGGAGUCCCAAAGGAGUUGUUCAUGAAGCGAUAAUGCAUAACCCACUGACUGAAUGGAAUUCAGUCACAUUUAGGGAAAUGUGACAAUAAAGUUUUUUUUUUUUAUUAUUAUUUUUCUUUUUUUGUUUCUUGUUUCUUUGUUUAUUUUAUUCCAUUCCUCUGUGAAACCAGCAGGUAAAACUAAAAUCAACAAACACAAAUAGUUAAUACCAAAAAAUCUUUCGACAAGCAGUGCCUCUCAUCCUACUGCUAAUCUCUGUCAGUUUCAGCUUUCACCUUCACCCAACUCUUCAAGUUAAAUGGCUUGACGUGCUCUCCCUUUUUGUUCGGGGUCAUUUUUUAAGUUUUAAGGUGGGCUGGUUUUGGGUUCCACCCAUCCACCAGAUCUCUCACUUGGUUCCUGAUAAUACCCCACUGCACAGAGUGUGCCUGAAAAGCACUCCCUCUGUCAACAAGUUGGGGGGGGAACCCAUUCUUGGCAGUUCCAGAACUCUUUUCAUCAUUCUUUUCACCUCACAUGCUAAAUAAAUGAAAAUGAUGAUAAUAUAGUAAUAACAACAUGAAUCAUUGUGGCCUUCUUCCAUGGCCAAAUAUACUCCUAAAUGCUCCUGAUGGUUUGAGACUGAAAUUCACUGACAUGGUGUUGGAUUGAGCUUUGUUAUUUGGUCUGACCUGAGGGGCCCCAACUCUUCGUCACAACAUUUGUUUUUAUUUGUAUUUUUUUCUGUCUUAUUCUUAUUAUUUUGUUCUUUUGAAGCAUGCUGUUUUUUCAAUGUGAGUUGAAGUUGAUUUGGUGGAGAAGGGAUGAGGUCGAAAUGUUUCUCAGAGAACAUUUGAAUGCAGUGUUAAAAUUUUAAGGAUUUUUUUUUUGUUUUGUUUUGUUUUGUUUUUCAUUAUUCUUUACAAAUAUUACCAUAGUAGUUAUUCAUUAUCGCUUGCUUGCUGCACAGACAUACACUUCACACCAGGAGAGGGCAUGUGGACAUUUAGUUAGAACACAUCCAGUAGAAACAGACCGCAAAUGAAACUGGCAUUAACACACCAAUCUCCUUUCACAGCUUGUGAUUUUUCUUUUCCUCUAUUUGUUUUCUAUUCUGAACUGUUGGGAUGAAAAUUGUAUCAGCAAAAGUCGGUAAUCAUAUUUUUUUCCAAGUAAUUAUUUGAAAAUGGAGAACAAAGAGCCUCUUUUUUCUCAUACACAAAAAAACAACUAAAUUUGCCAUGUGUUUUUGAACUGGUGUGGGGGGGGAUUUACAGCUUUGACAAUAUUUCAUUAUAACAUUGUAUUCAGCCAUCGCUGUUAGCAAAAUGCUCAUGAUUACAUUACUGGAAGUGAGUAUGUUUCCCUAUGCAAAAAAGUAUAAAAAUAAUAAACAAGCUAUGCUACAACUCAGAACAA